AUGGUUUCAACUAGCAAGAAGAAGAACUCUUCUUCAAACACUUCCCUACCAAAUAGUCCAGCCAUUUCCAUCACUUCAGUUGAAAGCAAUGACAUGAACAAUUCACCAUCUUCUCUUCCUUCCUCUCCUUCGAAUUCUUCCAAUUUUUUCUCUUCUUCACCGAACAGCAAAUCACCUGGUAGAAGACUUCACUUUUUUCCCGCCAAAUCUCCUAAAAAAAAAUCUACAACUUCCAUCUCUACUGAUUCACUUCAUGCUGCAAGUAAUACUAAUCAUGGUUGUGAUGCGAUAGGUGAUUAUACCUUUUCGUAUGAGGCUGUGCUAGAUGAUGAGGAGACGAGACAGUGUUUAUUGGAAUAUAUGAGGACGAUUAGAUGUGAGGAAAGUUUGUUGUUUUUAGAUCAGGUGAAUUCAUUUCAUAGAAAAAGAUCAACUGCGAAUAGGUGGAGUAUGAUACAGUCAAUAUUUGAACAAUUCUUUUGUGAGCACUCGAAAUAUGAAUUGAAUUUACCACAGAGAGUUAAGGAUAUGAUGAUUCACACCUAUUCGGACGUUGUUGAGGAAAUUGCUCAUAGGAAGAGAAUGAAUCUUGAUGAGGAUACUAAUAGUAGUAGUAAUUCCAGAUCAUCAUUGGAACAAGCAAAUCAGCCACCACCACAACAACAAGUAAAACAAAACAAGAACAAGAAUAAUAAUGAAAAGAGUAAUAAUAAUAAUAGAAAUUCUAAGGAUGAUUUGGAUGUUUCACUAGGUUCUUUGGAUUACAUAGAUUUGAGUGAUUGUGAGGAGGCCCUAAAGAAGGCAGAGAGUUACAUCCUCAUCAACUUGAAAGAAUAUGUCUUUCCAAAGUUUGUCGGCUCUGAUCACUUUCAAGGAUUCAUCUCAACAAAGAGCAAGACCUUUAUUAAUACUAUUGGUACGGUGAAGGCCUUAUCUCAUUCGUGCUUUGUUGAAUCAUUGAUGGACAUGAGGAGGUGUGAAAUUAAUGUAGAUCAAGUGAGAAUGAUCAAGAAACAUGUCUUUGAUACCAGAUAUUGGGAUUGUAUCUAUCAGAAGGAAACAAGCUAUGGUUUUAUUUCUUCAAAAAAGUACAUUCUUGGUGAGGACGAUCACGCUAAGGGUGUUUACUUUGCCAAGUGUGAAGUGAUCUUUCCUUACUCUGCUGACCAAAUUAUGAAUAUCAUGACCAAUACAAAGAAUAGAAUUGAACACGACAAGAAUUUGGAAGAUAUCAAGAGAAUUGGUUAUAGAAACAAGUCUGGAACUACAAAUUUUAAUCCAAAUCUGGUACAUUCCAGUGAUGAAGAUGAGGAUACACUCUCUUCCACUAGCUCUGCAAUGUCUGACCUUCACGAUACUGCAUCUUCCAGAUCUCAUACAUCAAAUCAUUCACAUCAACAAACAAAUCAUCAUUCGCCAAUAUCAGGAAAAACCAAAUUGGCCACCACAUUAACACAUGAACGAUACAAGCUUGGUUGGCCAAUCAAGUCUAGAUAUUAUUUGCUCGCUCAGAGUAUGGUACAUGAUACAACAGAUAACAUGUACAUUAUUGCAAAAAAGUCUUGCAGAAUUCCAAAUUAUGAUCCAGAUGAAGGAACAAAUAUUGAAGCCAUCAAUAUUGGUUGUUGGAUGUUUCAACCUUUACUAGAUGAAAAUCAAAAGCCAUGUUGUAAAUACAUUCAAUUUGUUGGAACAGAUUUGAGAGGAAACAUUCCAACAUUUAUCAUUGAAAAGAUUGUUAGAAAGAGAACUAGUAACUUUUACAAAUCCACCAUGAAAAUGAUCAAAGCUUGCGAAGAAGAGUCCACAACAAGACCAUUCGAUUCAAGUGGUUAUUUCGAUACUCUAGAUGAGAAUGGCAGCAUGGCUCUCUAA